GAUCACUCUACGAACACGCCAUUUUAAAUUCUGAACUCUCCUUUGGGAUUUUUUAUCGUGUUUCACUGUUAAUAUAUAAUUAUAAGCCUUGAAUUGCCUCCCUAUAUAGCACUUGAUAUGUCUAUCAAAUUACCGAAAUCCGCUAUGAGCCUGAAACAGUUUAUGGUCUAUCAAGAUGUGCUGAAGCUCUACAGAAAUAUUAUGAGAAGUAUAAGACAAGUUCCUGACAAAACAGACAGAGAAUAUUUGCGGGACUGGGCCAGAAGAGACUUUAGAGCUAACAGAAACGUUACUGACGAAUUUGCCAUCAAAUCCCUGAUAGUGCACGGAGAGAAUUCGCUGCGUGAGCUCAGAAGAAAUCUCAAGUUGACCAAGUGAUGUUAAGUUCCUCUUUUUUUUAGACAAUACAAAAAGGCCACUUUGUAAAUGAUACAUUAUAUGAAAUAUAUACACAUAGUCUUGUAAA